AUGGGCAACUUCCUACCAACAUUGGCAAUGCCAAACAAUUCUGGGUCAAUACCAGCAUCUCUUGGCAACUUAAAACUUCUUGAGAAACUAGAUUUGUCAUUCAACCAUCUUAGUGGUGAGGCACAAGGAACAUAUCAUGAUCAAAGUAGUUAUCCCAAUAGCCAGUAUGGUUUCACUUGCUAUGGUCAUAUUUGGCUUAUUGCUCUGGAGAGGAAAAAACAAGUUGAUGUCACUACAUUAUCGCUUGGUAACCCAAUCUCUUCUUCGGUUGGACUAAUGGGAACGAUCGGAUACGCUGCUCCAGAAUAUGCAGGGGGUGGUCAAGUUUCAACUGCCGCGGAUGUUUACAGCUUUGGUGUCAUCCUCCUCGAAAUAUUCCUUCGGAGAAGGCCAACUGGUGAUAUGUUUAAAGAUGGAUUGACCAUUGUGAAGUUUACAGAAAUCAACUUCCCUGGUAGGAUAAUGGAGAUAGUCGACCCUCAGCUGAUACAAGAGUUGGAGCUUUGCCAAGAAACUCCAGCAACCAUGAAAGGAAAAGGUGUCCACUCUCUGAUGUCGAUGCUGAACAUUGGCCUUUGUUGCACCAAGCCGUCUCCAGGUGAGCGCAUCAACAUGCAGGAGGUGGCUGCCAAGCUACAUGGUAUUAGAGAUGCAUAUCUUAGAGGAAACUGA